GUCUCUGUAAGUUAUUGAAUCAUGAGAGUUAGUUGAUUUAGACUGCUUGAAAUAUUUACGAACAGCAAACGUUGGUAGAUGAUCAGAAAGAGCAUAGUUUUCCACUAGUGCUGCGGUGAUAUGCUGAGAUUUGUUAGUAUAGAUAUGAUCUAAACAAGUACCACUUGAAGGUCGAGUAACAUCAGAUACCAACUGAGAGAAAUGCAUGUUCAUUAAACUUUUUGACAAGUAGUGCUUUUUGAAUUCUUGUGAAAGAAAGUUGAUGUUAAAAUCACCUGUUAGUAUAACUUCUUUAUUAGUCAAGUAGGUGGUUUCAAUACACUGAUCAAAUAGUUUAUCAUCAUCUCUAGAGUAUGAUGGUGGACGGUAACAGCCAGAUAUCAACAGCGAGCGUUUGGACUUGAAUGGGCAGAUUUUGAGCCAUAAAAUCUCGACAGAAUCAUUUUCAAGGUCGACGCGGCGAUUAAAGGUUAAUGCGUUACUACAAUACACAGCUAUACCUCCACCAGCUUUAUGUAAACGAUCUUUCCGCAGUAAAGUAAAACCAGGUAUAUUGUAGAGGAAGUCGCAGUUUGAAGGUUUUAGAAACGUUUCCGUCAGAAACAAAAUAUCAAUACAAUCUGAGUUCGUUGUGAGGAGAAGUUUAAUUUGUUCAAAUUUACUGCUAGUUAGGUGGUUUACAUUCCACUGACCAAAACGGAGUCCUUUAUUGGGCAGAUGUAACUUUAAAUAGCUAAAGUUAUUGGAGGAUUAUGUCUCUGUAACCACCCAUUUUUCCAGAUUUUCGUGUUGACUAGAUGACCAGGCGUAUUUGUUUUACUCAUUUUGUCGUCUCCUUUACACUUAGGACAAGUUACGACAUUGCCAUCAAGAAAUGCAUUGAACUGACACGAUGGAUCAAAAAGAAUAUACGGAAGAAUGCAAUAUGACUUUGCAUAAUUUUUCCAUGUUUCGUCCAAGCUAGGGAAUAUGUCAUACCAGACUUCAGGUGGAUUCAUAGUAUGGUCAAUGUCAUACUUCUGAUCAGCCACUUCCGCUGCGGCAUCGAUGCAUUUUAUGGCGUAUUCAUUAAUCUCAUACACAUUUGACUUGUCCUUAAUUAUUGAUAGCCAAUUAAAAUGAAUGUAAGAGUGCAAAAAGUCAGUUUUUUCAUUUUAUACACUAUAUGUGUACUAAUCACUGUCUUGAUUAAUGGUUGAGUUUUGUUCUCCAGUCAUAAGCAUUAUCCCGGUGGACAAAUAUCUGCUUGUCAUUUACUUUUCACAAAACCUAUCCUGUGGCAAAAGUUCCCAUCAAAAUUCGUAGGUUUGGUGAGAGCAAAUGCACAAUGCGGUUGCCUAGCCUAUAGCAACAUAUUUGUAAAUUUCGGUUUAUUACUGCAUAAAAACAACCAUGCAACUUAGCUUUUAAAUUUCAUUCUGCAAUAAGUCUUAGUAAGUUUCUAUCCACCUAUCCUUAGUAAGUUUCUAACUACGUUUAUCCUCCCUUGAAAGAAGAAGUCUGACUCUUUUGCACACUAUAAAGUAAGUACAUGUUUAAUGUCUUUUUUUAAGACAGUAUUUUGGCUAUAUUAAGACAGUAUUUUGAAUAAUAGUGUAUACUUUAUUGGCAUGUUUAAAGACAAAGUUAUUUUUUCUAAUCAGUAUAAUGCACAAUCAAAUGCACUAUAAAAUUUUGUUCAGUGCGCACAAACAUGUAUUCAUGCAUGCAUGCAUGCAGGUUUAAAAUCGGCACUAAUUUAAAGAUCAUUUUAAGCAACGCUAAAGCCACGCCAAACGUUAUUUUAUAUAUAUAUAUGUGUGUGUGUGUGUGUGUGUGCUAAUUGUUUACUGAUUUAUAUUGUCCAUUAUCUUACAUUUAGUCUGAAUGUUAUGCAGGUUAACAUCAAUUUCUUCCUCCCUUGUUGUUCACUUUUUGUUGAACUAUAACUUUUACAAUUUUAGUUUUUUCAACUACGCUUACUGAACUGGUGACAGUAUACUGCAUACAUAAAUGAUGUAAUGUAGAAACAACUUGAAAAUUCUGCAAAACCAUGUUUCUUAAUGUUGAAUUUAUUAUUUCCAAAGGUAUAUGUUUAUUUAACGGCUAUGGGAAUUUUAAAUUUUGAAAAUAUAUUUUACACUGUCGGGGCUGAUUUUUCACAUGCAUAUGUCACCAUAUCACAAAACAGUAUUUGAGUUUGAUUACGAUAGAGAUCUAGAGUCCUGCGAAGUUGGACACUUUUGUCAUUGCAUGAUUCAGUUGUUGGCUGUGACAGUAACUGCCGCACUAUCCAUUCAGCCCAUUUUCCACCAAGUGAAUUUGUUCGCACAAACAGUAAAAAAGUAGGAACUGAUCCAACUUUUUCGCGGCGAAUUUGCCGACCAAUCACAUUGCCAGGAUCUGUUUUAUAGCCUCAUCAAGAAAUUAUUCAGUGUGUGUGUUCCAAAACCCGAAGAUAUGUUGGGAAAAUUUUGCAAUCUGAGCUUUUUUAUUAGAAAAACAACAGUGAUGUCCAAAAAAUGACACUCUAACAGAGGCAUGGUAAAAAGAAUAAAGUGUGUUUUACUAUGUUAAAUUUUCUUCCUUUUAUGUCUUGUGGUGAGAUGAAUAUUGUUUAAGUUGGACGAUAUUUUGCCCCCCCCCCCCACGAGGGUGGGGAUAUUUCAAUGGCUUGAGGUAAAUUAAUCUGGUGCGGUUAACUAUAAGCCUCUCCUCCCAUGUCUACAUCACUUGCACAAAUUAUCAAUAUAUAUGUCAUUGGUAAGUGGUAGGCUUGGGCGGUUUUUCGUGUUUUUUUUUCGGUUUUAUUUUCAAACCGGUAUUUUCGGUUUAGCUUUUACAAAAACCGGAAAACCGUCAUUACGUAAUUGUUUACUGUCAUCGCCUGAAACUCGAUCUUAAUUCUCUAAUUAAACACAAUUACAUGAUACUAGAUACAAAUUCUAUUCUUUUUCCGUAAAGUCGGUAAGAACUAAAGAGGUAUAAGUUUUCAAAUGCGUUCUUGACCCUUUUAUUUUAAAACUGAAGUUGUUUUAAGUUACCUUUGCACAAUUUUGCGUUUUGUCAUGUACUGUUUGUUUGCUUAUGUCAAAAAAAUACCACAAUUCUUCCUCAUUCAGUUGAAGUAAAAAUUAAAGGGAAAAACCGGUUUUCCGGUUUUACCGGUUUAGAAGCAGACGGUUUUUCAGUUUUAAUUUUAAGCAAAACCGCCCAAGCCUAGUAAGUGGUUACAGACAUUUAAUUUAUGGGAUUACUGUAAGCUACGUAAAUAGUGAUAAUUCGAUCCUUAAUUACUGCCUUUUAGAGCAACAUUAAGUUCAGGCUUAUUAGCCUACAUGUAAAGGGUGUAUAAAAAAGGUAAUCCAUGUUAUUGUGAAUUAUAUAUUAUACGUUUAACUAGUUACUUUUUUCAUAGCAACAAUGAUACCUUUCUUGUCAGUCAUUGCUUUUAAAAAUAGCCAAAUACGAUGCGAUUUACAAAUGCCACUCGGGUUGCAUUUUUAACAGACUGAACUCACAAUGUUGUAUGUUUCUGGGCAACAAGCUACUAAUAUGCAUUUCAAAUCAAGCAUUUCUUGUUUGUUUAAAGUAUAUAAAUGCCAUAUAAUAAACUUUUUAUUAACCUCGAAAUAUCAGACCUCGGUCUUUCUGCACAAACCUGACCUGUAGGCCUACAAGAAAGACUUUGGUCCUUAUUCAUACACCACCCUGUAUAUAUAACUCUUCAAGAAAUACAAUUAAUGUAGUGCAAUCGAAAAUUGCAAUCUAUUGUAGUAUUAGUUCUAAAAUAAGAGUUGUCCAAAAAUCUCAAGAAAAAAUGAAACGAUAUCAAUGGAACAUAUACUGCACAGAUUAAACAUGCAUGUUUUUUCAUUUAAGUAUAAAGCAUACUUAAUAGUAUAUAGAGCACGGUAACUGAGCCAAAACUUUAUAUUUUUUAUUGCAGUUAUAGUAAUGUCCUCUAAAAAAUCAAUUUUUGCCAAUGUUUUUCCGUUAACCAAAGCAUCAAGACGGCAAGAGCAAUAAAAUUUCCAAUGGAAGAGUUCCUGCAACCGAUGGUAGAAUGGCUGAUGGCCUUGGCAUUUUCAGUAAACACCCGGACCCGAGUUUAUUUUGAUUGCGGCAAUUUCGGUCGUCUCAAUGUUGAUGGGUCCAAAAACAAAAUUACAAGUAUGUGAAUGUUAUAUGGAACCAUGCAACUUAUAUACUGUGUGCCUAAGUGAACCAGGAGCUGGAAAAUGGUUUAUUUUAUUUUAUCUUUUUUAUCUCUCUCCGAAGCAAUGGUGCAACUCGCCUUUAGGAUGAACUACACGCUACAUACUAUAGUUUAACCGCAAGCACUACUUGUUCAUUCAGAUAUAUAUGCAAUAAUUUUCGAGAAGCACCAGAAUGGUUUCAUAUAUAGCUACACACCUGAAGCCAAGGAAAGGUACACCAAAUACGCAAAUGAUCUUUCGGAGAAGAUGAACAUGCAGUGGGAAGAAAGAAACAUCUACACAGACAACUUCUCAAAGGACAAAAGAAAUUUUGUUUUUAUUUAGGUCUCUCCAUAAGUAAAACUUUUAAAACGAUGCGUGAAAACGUGUACAUAGGAAGAAAUCCUUUCUUAUAUAUUCUUCUUCUAUAUAUAUAUAUAUAUAUAUAUAUAUAUAUAUAGUUUUUCGUUUUACCUCAAAAAAACCACAACAGUCUGUUUCAUCCGUAUAGGAAUCAUCAGGUGGUGAAUAAUUUCGAAAUUGUAGGUUGCUUUUAUGCUAUCGAAAGAAUGUGCGGAAUGCGUGUAGGCGAAACAAUGCUUAGGUGAAACAAUGCAUGCUUGGGUCAUUAGGUUUUGUUAACGACCUUGUUUACUCGAAACCGGUUUUUGUGACGGCAUUUGCCGAAAAUUUUGCUUCUUUUAUCGAGUAAAUUGUCUUUGUUUAUGUCUUUCAAAAUGCAAAAUUUUUCUUCCAAACAUAAAUUGCAGCGUUUUGAUCCCCCUGUGUACGAAAUAGCGUGUUUUAAAAUUGACCAUUUGAUGGUAUAAUCCUGAUUGUUUUCUUUUAAUUUCCAAAUAUGUUUCGAAAGUUCUGUUUUGUUUGAGUCUUUUUUAUGACGAAAAGAUGAAGUGUGGUUAGCGUAAUGUUCCUUAAAUGUAGUCGCUGUCAUACCAAUGUAGUGUGUAGUGUCGUUUGUGUUGUUGGUUGUGACUGUUGCUUUGUAAAUAAUGUUGUUGGUCAUGCAUUGUUUCGGUAGUGGGCAAGUGUUUUUGUUGUCGCAGUUACAGUUGUCAGUUUCCGUAUUCUGUGAUUGACUGUUCCUAAUUAUAUGUGUGUUGUGUUUGGUGAUUAUAGACUUAACGUUGUUCAUGCAACUGUAGCUUACUUUUAAAGUGUUUCUGUUAAAAAUCUUGUGUAGUUUGUGCUGUAGUGGAAGUGUUUGUCAAUUAAACUUAAGAAUUCCCCUCCUAUGUUCGUGUUAACACUCUUACUAAAUGGUGGGUUGAACCAAAUUAUGUUGCGUUGCCUAUUCCUACGUGUCCGUUGUGGUGCAUCCUGAGUGUACGUAAAUUCAUGAUCAAAGUUACUAUGUGUAAGAGCGUUCUGGUAAAUAGGUGUGGAUUCCUUAAAUGUUUGUUCGUCCGAUGAGAGAAGUGCAAUGCGAUUGUUGAUAGCUGUAGGUAAUUGUCUUGUAAUGCUUGGUGGAUGGUUUGAGUGUCUGUGGAUGUACAAUGGAUCGUCAUUGGGUUUCCUGUAUGGUUUGUGUUUUGCGUUGAUCAGGUCGAAAGUAACAUCUAAAAAAUUUACAACAUUCAUAUUUACUUCGGCGGUGAUUUUAAGGUCAAAUUGCUCGAAAAUUUUGUGUAGCUCUUUUCUAAAAACAACACAACAAAAACAAAAAAACAACAAACAAACAAAAAAAAAACAACAAAAAAAACAAACAAAACAACACUGUCGCUCCUUCCUGUAUAAUGAAUAUACUGUCUACAUAUAUCAGUACUUGAUUGAAAGAUCAUCAUGCAUAACAUAUAUUUAUAUAUUGCGUAGAUUCUCAAAGAUUUACUCUAUUCAUGUCUGAAAUGUUUAUAGAUUUGAAAACAACACUGUCGCUCCUACCUAGCAUCGUGAUCUACGGCUUCAUAGCACAUGCACAUUUGCACUGCUAUAGAAAAAAUCAGGUGUUCCAGGGGAAAGAUCGUUUACACAACACAAGAAGCGAAUGUUCUAAAAUUACAAAAAUUUACAAUAACAACAACGAUUCCUCGAAAUUUUUGUGAACUUGGCAAACGAAUAUUUAAAAAGAAAUAAAAUUGCUUAAAUAACCUUCAAAGCACUGACUAAGUACAAUAAAUCACUGCAAACAUAAAUCGUAUACACCCCCCGGAAAGUUUACUCUAUGAUUGACUGACUGACUGAUUCGUGUGAAUUCGCCAGCCAUCACAACAGUGUGAAAUGAAAGUGAAACUUCACACUAAAAAUGAGGACCCAAUGGAUGUAGGAGCAAGUGGUACAUGCAGGAUACAGGUACUGAUCUCAUCCAAUUGCCUCAAUUGAAAUCUUAAUGGCUGGUUGCAGAACAAGUCUGUGGGAAUAUUUGCCAACUAAAUUUAUAAAGAAUGUGUCAUAUUUUUUAAAUAAAACACGUCCUCUCGUCCGGCUUAAGAUUUUAUUGUAAGACUGUUUGUGAAUAUCUCACAGAAUAGAUAGAGGUUGACGGAAUAGCACAAAAACUGGCUAUUCAUUAUUCAAAAGUUGGCAGUAUAUGACUAAAUACUGACGCCCAAGGUGUUUAACUAACUUAUUUCAUGAUCCUGGAGGUUUUAUUCACAAAACAGCUCUUACACUUGUGGGACGUAACACAGGGUUGAGUAUGUGCAUUAUAUACGUUUUAAUGUGGUUAAGCAUGCGCAAUCUUACUAAUAUAUAUCAUUUUGCGACCAACAAGUGAAACUCCAAAUAUUUUUUUAUAAAUUGACUGAGUGCGAACACAUUAGGAUUGCUUUAUGCAGCUUGUUGUCGCGCAGUGAACGAUCCAUACUCUUACUUUAUGCGGAGUGUAGUUUCAAUAUUGUUAGUGACAUUAGUAGCUAUUGUAAGUUUUUGUAUUCCUAAUUAAUUAAUCUUUAUGCAGCUUGUUGUCUCACAGCGAACGAUCCAUACUCUUACUUUAUGCGGAGUGUAGUUUCAAUAUUGCUAGUGACAGUAGUUAUUGUAAGUCUUUGUAUUCUUAAUUAAUUAAUGUAUGUAUUGAUAAAACUGCCCCUUGAAAAUCAGUUUUCUAAUUACCGCUAUAAUUUUAAAUAAUAAUUCUAAUAAUAAUAGUGCGAUGGGA